AUCUCUAUCUUUUGUUAUUUAUAUUCUCAUCGUGUCAUUGAAGAUGGCAAUAGCAUUUUAGGAAUCAGAUGGGUAGAAUAGAGUUCUUGGUGAAAUCUAGAUUUUUGUGUUUCUUCUUGUUCAAUUCGUCAUCAUUUGCAUAUUGUUCUGUAAUUUAUAACAUAACUACAAUCAGAGCUGUCUCACCAGAACAAACUCUCAACUCUCCACGUCAAAUUUUUGAGUUAGGUUUCUUUACUCCUAAUAAUAAUUCCCAUAAUCAAUAUGUGGGAAUAUGGUUCAAGGAAGUUUCUCCUCAGACUCUGAUUUGGGUGGCAAACAGAGAGAAGCCAGUUACAAACUCAUCGGCGAGUCUCACGAUUGGCAGCGAUGGGAAUCUGAGGCUUCUGGAUGGGGAGCGGAACUCUAUCUGGUCGACUAAUAUUUCUGGCCAAUCGAAUGAUUCAAUUGCUGUACUUUCGGAUGACGGAAAGUUCAUUUUGAGGAACAGUAUAACAGGAGAGGAUCUAUGGGAUAGCUAUCAGCUUCAUAGCAAUUCUCUCUUGCCAGGCACUUGGUUGGCCUACAAUGAGACAACUGGGGUGAGACAUACUCUCACUUCCUGGAAAAGCGACAACGAUCCAUCUAUUGGGGAUUUUACUUUUGGUGUAGUACCGCAGACACCGCCACAAGGGUUCGUUUGGAAGGGAUCGAAACCUUAUUGGAGAAGUGGGCAGUGGGACAAAAGAAAGUUCAUUGGGAUACCAGAAAUGGAAGUUUAUUACCAAAGUGGACUCACACUCAUAGAAAGUCUUCAGCCGGGAAUUGCUUACGUCAAUCUUAGUGUAUUUGGGAACUGCAGUCACUCGAUGUAUGUGAUCUCACCAACAGGAGUUUUAAGGUUAUUGUGUUGGGUGAAAGUGAGGGGCUGGUAUGCUGGUUGGGAAGCACCCGCCACUCCCUGUGAAGUUUAUGGAGCUUGUGGACCUUUUGGGGUUUGCCAAAGAUACGAACCAAAUCUAACUUGUAGAUGCUUGAAAGGGUUUGUGCCAAAGUCAGAUGAGGAAUGGAGCAAACGAAACUGUACAAGAGGCUGUAUCAGGCAAACCGAAUUAAGUUGUGGAGGAAACACAAGUUCCAUUAACACACAAGGAGGAAAACAAGAUGGAUUCUUGAAGAUUGGUGGGUUAAAACUUCCAGAUUUGUCCGACUUCUUGAAGGUUUUUGAUGAAAACGAGUGCCACCAGCGUUGCUUGGAUAACUGUUCCUGCUCAGGUUAUGCAUAUGUAAAUGGGAUAGGGUGUUUGGUUUGGGCAGGAAACCUACUGGAUAUGCACGAGUUAUCCUUCGGUGGACAAGAUCUUAAUCUCCGCCUUGCACAUACAGAAUUGGGUGGAAGUGACCAGAAGGCCAAGGUUAAGAUCAUUAUCAGCGUCACUACUGUUUCAAUUAUCCCCCUCAUUGGUGCCAUGAUUUAUUGUUUCAUGAAGUGGAGAACCAGCUUAAGGGUUAAAACAAAUGCUCCAAAUGACACUUCAAGAGAAAAUUCACAACCAAUCAUGUGGAGACGCCCUUCAGAAGAUGAAGAUUCAGUUGAGCUGCCUUUAUUUGAUUUCCAUAGCAUAUUACUUGCAACCAACAACUUUGACAUAGAGAACAAACUCGGGCAAGGAGGCUAUGGUCCAGUUUUUAAGGGAACGCUACAAGAUGGGAAGGAUGUGGCGAUUAAAAGACUUUCUAGUAGCUCCAGUCAAGGCAUAGGAGAGUUCAAGAAUGAAAUGAAGUUGAUCUCCAAACUGCAACACAGAAAUCUUGUCAAACUCUUAGGUUGUUGUAUUGAAAGGGAAGAGAAGAUAUUAAUUUAUGAGUACAUGCCCAACAAUAGCUUGGAUACUUAUCUAUUUGAUCUAGCAAGGAAGGCAAAGCUUGAUUGGACUAAACGCUUUAACAUUAUAAUUGGAGUUGCUCGAGGACUUCUUUAUCUCCAUCGUGAUUCUUGUUUAAGGGUCAUACACAGAGAUUUAAAGGUCAGUAAUAUUCUUUUAGAUGAGAAGAUGAAUCCAAAAAUAUCAGAUUUUGGAUUGGCAAGAAUUUUUGAAGGCACACAAUAUUUAGGAAGCACUCGUAAAGUUGCAGGAACAAUAGGUUAUAUGGCUCCAGAAUAUCUGCUUGGUGGUAUAUUUUCAGAGAAAUCUGAUGUCUUUAGCUUUGGAGUUUUGAUUUUGGAAAUUGUUAGUGGUAGGAAGGCUAACAGCUUCAACUAUGAUGGACAACACAUGAGUCUUCUAGCUUAUGCAUGGCAAUCUUGGCUUGCAAGCAAGGGUGUACAAAUGAUAGAUGAGACAUUGGCGGACUCAUUUUCCUCAUCGAAAGUAAGCAGAUGUGUGAAUAUUGGACUUCUUUGUGUACAGGAUGAUGCUGCUAAUAGGCCAAGCGUGGCAGCCAUAGUUUCUAUGCUAAGUGGUGAAAAAACAAAUCUUCCUGAACCAAAACAGCCUACAUUUACGUUUAAAAGCAUCUUUAGCAAUAAUUUUCUAUCACAAAUCAACUCUACAUGGUCUAUAAAUAAUAUCACUGAAUCAAUCAUUGAACCUCGAUAAAAGCCAACUUGUAGUAGAAACAGUUGCAUAAUCUGUUGCUUAUUCAGUCCGUAUGUUAGACUUGAUAAUAUUUUGCUUAUCCUUGCGUUAAACUUUAGUUAUACCAACUCUCACAUCAUUGAGUGUACAAGUAGAUGAGAAAUUCAUUAUCAAUGAUAUUGGAAAAGUAGGAGAUAUGUCAUUCAGUCAUUCUCAAUUGAAUUUGUGCCAUUAGGUUGGUGAAAAGGCCAAGAAAAUCUUCCAAUAAUUUUAUUACUUUUCAUUUA